AAUUAAAUAAUUAAAUACUCUCUCCGACAAAGGUGCAUGUAAAUUUUGGUGUUCGGCUCUAAAAGCAAUCAAAUUGUUGGUGCACGAUGACCACCGCGUUGCAAAAUUUCGUCACGAUCACCAGCGACGAAUACAAAUGGCCGUAUCCGGUGCCUCUCGUCUCAAAACCGGCACAACCGCCGAUGAGUACCGGAAUUCGCUUGUACACACAGAGAAUCGCUCCUGAGGACUGUCCAUGCGACGUUCAUGGCCACGAUAGCAACAAAAAUAGAUACAAGUAUCUAGCCGAGAAGGAGCAACAAAUUCACAGCCAAUUGGCGAAGGUUAAUCGAGAAAUGACCAAUCUGGCGUCAGCUAUGAUAGACAACGAUUGCGCGCCCAUAGACGAGACAAUGAUGACCGUUUAUAAGACGGAUUAUUCGAAAAGAGGUUUACCGAUCAACGAGUACAGACAGUUAAUGGCGGCGGUUGACUCGCCAUAUUGUUCGCCACUCAAACCGGAAGUUACGGAAUUGAAAGAUGGCUACAGGGAUCCCACUAGAUUCCGAUAUUCGGCCAUCGAGAGGCCACACAUUCAACCAGCCAAAUCUAUCAAUCUGCACGAAGUUCCAGGAACUUUCUCUUUGUGGGAGGAACCUUUUACCGGUCGAUCGGAAUACAUGGACACCAUCAGCAAGAUGGGUUUAAGUAACAUGAAAAAUCGACAACAGUAUCUGGAACCGUUGCCCUCGUCAAGAAGAAGAUUCGGCGACUGUAAACUGUGA